CCAAUAUUUUGCCGGAGAAUAGGAAAGGAGUAGGCUCGGUCUGCGUGCAGAGGCAGAAUUGCACCGUACUACGUCUGGGAAUAUUCGUGCACGGUGGAGAACGCGCCUCACAGCUCCUCUGCUUUGAAUAGUGGUGGAGCCUCGCUUAACAAAUCCAACGAGUUUCAAUUCAACAGUAGCCUAACCGAAUGCUAUUCAUGGAUAAUCUUCUCCGGCAAGGACGAGCUACUGAAUAACCACAGCCUGAGUCAACAAGGUAUCAAGUUACCAUCCCAGGGUGUCUGUGUGAUGCCCCCUACUAGUGGGUCCCCUCCCAGUGUGUGAUGCAUCAUGGCUCCGGUGCUGAGUGCCUUGUGGGAACUGGGGGUCGUGGGGUCAGGGGACGCCACGGCGACAUCCUUAGGCAAUGUGCAGCUGGUCCUAGUGGGCACCCUGAUGACCAUCUCUGUCUUCUUGCUGCUCUCAAUGCUACUGCUGCUGUGUGCAGGCUGCCAGGGGCCAAAGAAAUCAAAUUGCCGCCCAGUGGCCCACGAGAACCUCAUGAAUGGAGUGUCUGAGAGAGAGACAUUUACCGGUAGUCAGUCUGUGGACAGCCCAGGGACUGAGCUAUUGGUGAGCAGCUCACACAAUGGCCCACUAACCAGUGGUACAGUGUUGACAGACACCCAGGACAGCAGUCCCCAGCCCUCUGAGGAGAUGCUGUCCAGUCAGUCCGAGCUGCGGAGCUCCAAGUGUCCCCAGGACCGCGAGCUGCCCAGCAUCCCACCCAACAGCACCCUGGAGGGGAUGGGAUGUUCCAGCUCACCUCUUCUCCCUCCCUCUGGAGACGGCACCUACGAGGUGGUGAAGGAGAGAGGUGGCGACUUAACGGCGUCCCGGGACGUGAGCGUUGAAGACUCCCUGUACGAGACGGUCAAAGAGCUGAAGGACCAUCCAGGGAGCCUGGCUGCAGGUCUCCUCAACGGAGACGGUACUAUGUCCCCCCUCAGCCCUGAUGACAAUGACAUUUCCCACCACCACCACCACAACCACCUCCCACCUCCCAACAACCCUCCAGUCCUCCACAACGGCCACCCCAGCCCUGGCUCCCCAGAGCGGGGGCCCCUGUGCGCGGGAGUGGAGUACGCCUCGGUGGAUCUGAACAAGAAGAGCCGUUACAGUGCAGACCUGGAGGCCAGGCGCUCAGCCACCAUCACUGCUGCUGUGAGCCCCACAGAGGAGCCCGAGGAGGAGGACAGACCCCCGCCUGUACCUGACAAGGUGCUGGAUGAGAACGACAACCAGCCUACCAUGAUGGACGCAGGAGCGGUGGUGGUACUGGGGGCCGCGCUGCAAAACGGAGAGUUAGACUUUCCGCUGUCUACCUCACCGGGGCGAGACAACCCUGUGGUGUCAGAGAGCGAGCUGUCAGACAUGUACUCCACGGUGGGGAAGCCAGGUCUAGAUGUAGAGGAGAAGGAGAGUGACUACAGCAGCAUUGCUGAUAUCAAGGGUCUGGUCCCCGAGUAUUCCUCCAGUGAUCUCUACGCUACCGUCAGGGACAUCUACCCCCAGCCCAGAGAGGGGGAGUCAGACCCCCAGGGACCCCCCACAGAGAGCAUCGAGCCUGGCUACGAGAUCAUCCACAUCCCUAAGACUGGCAGUGGAGAGGACUUGGGGCUGGGGAACCAGGUUCAGGAGCCAGACUAUGAGAGUGUUGGUGAGCUGGCCCUGGGGUUGAACAGGGAGAGCUCCCGUCUCUGACUGCCUAUGGACCCUAAAGCCUGAGUCUCUGGGGCCUCACCCUCCACCCCAGCCAUUAACCUCACUCCUAGCCUCAACCCCAUCCCCAGCCAUUAACCUCACUCCUAGCCUCACCCUCAACCCCAGCCAUUAAUCUCACUCCUAGCCUCACCGUCAACCCCAGCUAUUAGCCUAACUCUUAGCCUCACUCUCAAUCCCAGCCAUUAGCCUAACUCCUAGCCUCAACCCCAGCCGUUAGCCAAAACUCCUAGCCUCACCCUCAACCCCAGCCAUUAACCUCACUCCUAGCCUCACCCUCAACCCCAGCCAUUAGCCUAACUCCUAACCUCACCCUCAAUCCCAGCCAUUAGCCUAACUCCUAACCUCACCCUCAACCCCAGCCAUUAACCUAACUCCUAGCCUCACCCUCAACCCCAGCCAUUAACCUCACUCCUAGCCUCACCCUCAACCCCAGCCAGUAGCCUAACUCCUAGCCUCACCCUCAACCCCAGCCAUUAGCCUAACUCCUAACCUCACCCUCAACCAGAGCCAUUAGCCUAACUCCUAGCCUCACCCUCAACCCCAGCCAUUAACCUCACUCCUAGCCUCACCCUCAACCCCAGCCUAACCUCACCCUCAACCCCAGCCAUUAGCCUAACUCCUAGUCUCACUCUCAACCCCAGCCAUUAGCCUAACUCCUAGUCUCACUCUCAACCCCAGCCAUUAGCCUAACUCCUAGCCUCAACCCCAGCCAUUAGCCUAACUCCUAGCCUCACCCUCAACCCCAGCCAUUAGCCUAACUCCUAGUCUCACCCUCAACCCCAGCCAUUAGCCUAACUCCUAGCCUCAAUCCCAGCCAUUAGCCUAACUCCUAGCCUCACCCACAACCAGCAGCCCUGAUGUGAGGGACACCACCACAUGGUUCUGAACUACAACUUUCAACCCUACCAUCUAUCACCAAUUCAGGGUUUCCGCUCACUGCCCCCUCAGUGCAGUUUGGGUGCGCCCACCGCCCAAGGUUAUCUGAUUGAACUAUAAUCUUAACUAGCCCUCGUCCAUUCAUGGUGCCCUUAAAUGACUGAACUAUGAAAUCACCGUCCAUUGUCAAGUUGUUGGCCUCCGCCCUCUUUGUUAUCAUCGACUGCUGUCAAUGUGACUAUCCAUCACCAUCAUACUCCCUUUAUCAGACUACAGAGUGAUCCAUUCCUAGGCAUUUAUAACCAGUCAUUACUAAUUGAGUUAAUGUUAUGAGGCUGGUGACAAGCUGACUGGCCAGUUCCAUUUGUCAGUGCCUUUUGAUUGAAAACCACUUGGUCUUUGUGCCAUAAUGUCGUUCUAUAAAUGUAUGAGUUGAAAAGUUUCCCCACAAUGUAGUGGCACUUUUUACACCGUUCUUCCUUCCUAUGUGCCCCGUUUCAUUCAGAACUUCAUGACAGAUAUGAGAGAUAUGACAGAUAUGAGAGAUAUGACAGAUAUGAGAGAUAUGAUAGAUAUGAGAGAUAUGAUAGAUAUGACAGAUAUGAGAGAUAUGACAGAUAUGAGAGAUAUGACAGAUAUGACAGAUAUGAGAGAUAUGACAUAUGACAGAUAUGAGAGAUAUGAUAGAUAUGACAGAUAUGAGAGAUCUGAGAAAUAUGAUAGAUAUGAGAGAUAUGGUAGAUAUGAUAGAUAUGAGAGAUAUGACAGAUAUGACAGAUAUGAGAGAUAUGACAGAUAUGAGAGAUCUGAGAGAUAUGAGAGAUAUGAUAGAUUUGACAGAUAUGAGAGAUCUGAGAGAUAUGAUAGAUAUGGUAGAUAUGAUAGAUAUGGUAAAUAUGAUAGAUAUGAGAGAUAUGAGAGAUCUGAGAGAUAUGACAGAUAUGAGAGAUCUGAGAGAUAUGAUAGAUAUGAGAGAUAUGGUAGAUAUGAUAGAUAUGACAGAUAUGAGAGAUAUGAGAGAUCUGAGAGAUAUGAGAGAUAUGAGAGAUAUGAGAGAUAUGAUAGAUAUGAGAAAUAUGGGAGAUAUGAUAGAUAUGACAGAUAUCAGAGAUAUGGGCGAUAUAAGAGAUAUGAGAGAUGUGAUAGAUAUGGUAGAUAUGAGAGAAAUGUGAGAUAUGUGUACUUACAUACUAUUGAAACAAUAAGUAGCAGCAAGUCAGGCAUCUAGCAGCAAGUUUAGACAUCUAAACUCGAAAUAGAAGGGCUUGUUUUAGUUUCUAAAGCUUUUUAAAAACAUUUCACAUGUCAACCGUUUGAUCAAAUUCCUAUUUAUUUCAAGAUGAUGGAUCAUUGUGUGAUUUAAAGGAUAUCAGGAAGGGCGUUUGUUUACGAGGGAAACUUUAAGAGCUUUUGUUCUGUACAUGGGAUAAAGAGAAGAAGAAGUAGGUUGCCGUGGUAAUAAAGUAGUAGUCAAGGUACUCAUAAAUGAUUGUGACUUUUAAAAAAGGACUUAUUUGUUCAAAAACAAGACAAACAAUGGUGAGACCAUAUCUAUCAAUGUUGUGAUUUCUUCUUAAAAUCUUGUGAGAAUUGUUCAACUCAGUUGUUUUUCUUUUUUAUAUUUCUUCACAGGAUUCAAAAUGUAUUUAAAAUACUUGUAUUCUCUCAAUGUGACAAUAUGCAACAGCAAAACUGUGUGUGUUAAUGCAUCUGAUUUGAUGAAGGUGUAUAUUGUGUGUUUGAAUGGAGUGUUUAUGUUUCUGCUUACCCUAAUGUACGGUCUGUAUUAAUAUGUUAGAGAAUUAUUCUAAUGCACAAAGUGGCAAAAAGCAUUAUGGUACAGCUUGUGUACAGAGCUUAUAGCAGCUUCAUCCUAAAUACACUGAGUGGACAAAACAUUAGGAACACCUUCCUAAUAUUGAGUUAAACCCCUUUUUGCCCUCAGAACAGCCUCAAUUCAUCGGGGCAUGGACACUACAAGGUGGGUGGUGGACCAUUCUCGAUACACACAGGAAACUGUUGAGCGUGAAAAACCCAGCAGCGUUGCAGUUCUUGACACACUCAAACCGGUGCGCCUGGCACCUACUACCAUCCCCCUGUUCAAAGGCACUUACUACCAUACCCUGUUCAAAGGCACCUACUACCAUAUCCUGUUCAAAGGCACUUACAUUUUUUGUCUUGCACAUUCACCCUCAUAAUAGCACGCACACACAAUCCAUGUUUCAAUUGUCUCAAGGCUUAAAAAUCCUUCUUUAACCCGUCUCCUCCCCUUCAUCUACACUGAUUGAAGUGGAUUUAACAAGUGACAUCAAUAAGGGAUCAUAGCUUUCACCUGGUCAGUCUGUCAUGGAAAGAGCAGGUGUUCCUAAUGUUUUGUUCACUCAGUAUAUUUACCCCUUCAUGGGCACAAUUUGAAUAUUUUAACUAGCACCAUUACAGCAGCAUGUGACGACAUGCCAACCGAGGCCUGUAUAUAGUUAGAGAACUAUUUUAUCCAUUUAUUACACAGUUAUUGUAUGAAUUUGCGAAUGGUGAAGUAUGUUUUGUGGUAUGUAUGACUGUGAUGUGGACUGGUUUAUAGUGGCUAUGAAACCACCUACAGUGCAGUAAGUCCAUGGUGUCAUUUGAAGGGUAUACAAUAGGAAAAGUGUGCCCCUCACUCGGACUGUGACCCAACUAUUGUUGAUAAGAUAUCGUUUGUGAUUGAAUGGUGGCUCACACAUGUUUGGGUUCUGUAUUCUGUUUAAUUACCAGGACACCGACGCAUUGGUUAUUUUGUUCUUUCAUCUUAUUAAUAUGGUACAUUGUGGUGUUUUAAAGCUUUUUAAAACAUGAAGGUUGAAGCUGCUACUUGUAUGUUUUUUUAAGAACAGAAAAUGAAUUAAUGUCUGAAUGAAUAUUGUUGUGUGGUGUUUAUUUUCAGACUAAGCGAGUAAAUUCUGACUGUGAAUAACUAGCUAUUGCAUUGAUGAUAUCUACGUUCGACAGGAAAACACUGAUAUUAGCCUAUUUUCCAUCCCAUUUCUCAAUAUUGGACAUUAUUGUUGUACGCAGAGUGAGUGAGUGCAUAUUUCAUUAAACAUGUUUCAGUUUGUAUAAGCUUGUUGACGACAAAUCCAGCACCCAGGUUGAAUGAUAUUAGAUUCAUGAAUGAUAUUCAAUAAGAAGAGAAAGGACUAACCCCUUUAAAUUAGCCACAAUUGAUAAAUGUGCAUUAAAGAUGAUAUACAUUU